AUGCAGUACAUCUGAAAGGCUUCCAGUUGGAAAUAAGGAAACUGCAUGGACCAGCUGAAUAUCCCAUGACUUCCUGUCGAAUAUUUGAUCUCACAGGAAACAAACUUCAGGGAAAUGAUAACAAUCUGGAGUUCUCUGAAAUAUUUCCCGGAUUGGGGACAGGGCCAGACAUUCAGUAUCGGGCCACAGUAUGCUCACUGCCUCGCGAGACCCACUGCCAGAGUAACUAUUUCGCCCUACCGGAAGUGAAAGAAAGAUAUGAUACGGCCGCCGAUUGGAGCCCAUUGAUAACGUAUCGUUUUUCAAGAAACUCCAAACUCCUCUGUAAUGUAGAGGUGACCUUUUCUCUCGCUCCGACAGAAUACAAGUUUGAAGAGUACCUGGUAUCAAUGUAUAAAAUGUCGGCGCAGGACAAUCCAUUCAAAGAUUGUACGUUACACACUAAAAACCGACAUCAUGCAAUAAGAUUUCCCACCUGGCUGAAAAAAACGCUACAUCCGGGACUGUUAUCUUUGAAAAUAUUCCCGAAAACAGGUAUAUGUUGGAGGUCCAAGCAAUAGAUCCCUACUGGCGCGAGGACAAAUAUGCCUUGUGCUUCUCUGUCCAAGAAUCUGGCAGUCACCAGCGCAAGGAGUGCUUGCGAACACGGAUAAAGAACAUUACUAUUGGUAAUGCAGGAGAACGUGGUGGAGCAGAUGAAUCAUCAACAGAGCCCAAUAUUCUACAAACUAUUAAGGACCAAAGUGAUGGAGCGGAUGCAUCAUCAACAGAGCCCAAUAUUCUACAAACUCCUUACGAUCAAAGUGAGAGACCACGUGAAGCACAGACAGCACCAAUUUCGCCAAGCCUUAGUAACAACGAAAUAAAGACACUGAUAAUCGCCACAGGAAUAUGUGUUUGUGUGGUGGUUCUGUUUGCCGCCAUUUUGAUCUUCAUACUUGCACGAAAGAAGGUGCAAAUUAAAGACGAGAGGUUUCCAAUGAGAAGGGUCUACCUCCUCGCUUAUGACGACCACAGAGCACAUACUAAAGCUGUUCAAGCACUUGCCACGCUUCUCAACAAGCAUUGCUACUGUGAUGUGAUAUACCCCAAGUGGUUCAUCUCAGACAUUAGUAAAACUGGCUUGUACGAAUGGAUCGUCACGCAGAUGGACAAGUCCGAUUUUGUUGUUCUUGUGAACUCCAAAGCAGCCUACUGGACCUACACUGCCCAAAACAAGGACACCUUUUUUCGGGCAGGAGAAAAUGGCCCUUUCUCAUUUUCAACGUCACACCUGCGCUCGAAGGAAGGAAAGCAGGAUUUCCUGUACACCGCAAUCAUGACGUAUUUUAACUACACCGACUCCAAUGACGUCAUUCCCUUUAACCCAGGUCUUCAAUACAAGUUACCGAGAAUUUUCCUGACCUUGUGA